CGCAAAUGGGAUGGAUGUUAUUGGUGUUGCUGUGGUUUUGCUUUUUGGUGAGAGACCACCAGCUCAACGCGCGGGGGGGCUGCGCUCUUAUAAGCAGUCAAAGUGCCCCGCCAUGAUUUGUCUGCCCCUCCAUUCACCACCAAAAAAACAUCACCGGCAUCGUCCACUCCCCAACAUCGCCCAUUGGCCCCGUACAAUGGCAAAAGUCGAGCAGAAGACUGUCCUCAUCGUUAUCGACGGAUGGGGCGUCGCCACCGAGAAGUCGCGCAAAGAUGGUGAUGCCAUUCUCGCCGCUGACACUCCCACCAUGGACGACUUCGCCAAGGAGAACUCCAAGACUGCCCAAGGAUAUACAGAACUCGAGGCUUCUUCUCUCGCCGUCGGUCUUCCCGAGGGUCUCAUGGGCAACAGUGAGGUCGGCCACUUGAACAUUGGCGCUGGUCGAGUCGUGUGGCAGGAUGUCGUCCGCAUCGACCAGACCAUUAAGAACGGCGAGCUCAACAAAGUCAAGAACAUCCAGGAAUCUUUCCAGCGCGCAAAGAACGGCAACGGCAGGCUCCAUCUCCUUGGUCUGGUAUCCGACGGUGGAGUUCAUUCGCACAUCAACCAUCUCGUGGCUAUGCUCAAGGUUGCCAAAGAGAUCGGCGUUCCUGAAGUCUUCAUCCACUUCUUCGGUGAUGGCCGAGAUACCGACCCCAAGUCCGCUGCCGGCUACAUGGAGCAGCUCCUCAAGCACACAAAGGAGAUUGGUCUCGGUGAAGUCGCUACCAUCGUGGGUCGGUACUACAUCAUGGACCGUGACAAGAGGUGGGACCGCGUUGAGAUUGGAAUGAAGGGUAUUGUCUCCGGCGAGGGCACCGAAAGUGACGAUCCAGUCGCUGCUAUCAAGGCCAAAUACGAGGCAGGUGAGAACGACGAGUUUAUCAAGCCCAUUAUUGUGGGAGGAAAGGAGCGAAGAGUGCAAGAUGGUGACACCUUGUUCUUCUUCAACUACCGUUCCGAUCGCGUUCGUGAAGUCACCCAAUUGAUGGGUGACUUUGACCGUUCCCCUAAGCCCGACUUCCCCUACCCCAAGGACAUUCACGUCACCACCAUGACCCAGUACAAUGUCAAGUAUAAUUUCCCCGUCGCUUUCCCGCCACAGAAGAUGGACGACGUGCUCGCAGAGUGGCUAGCAAAGCAAGGUGUAAAGCAGUGCCAUGUUGCUGAGACAGAGAAGUAUGCUCACGUCACUUUCUUCUUCAACGGUGGUGUUGAGAAGCAGUUCGAUAACGAGGAGCGUGAUAUGAUCCCAUCGCCAAAGGUCGCUACCUAUGACCACGAGCCUAAGAUGAGUGCCAUGGCAGUGGCGGACAAGAUGGUGGAGAGGAUCAAGGAGGGCAAAUUUGAGUUCAUCAUGAACAACUUUGCGCCACCAGACAUGGUUGGCCACACAGGUGUCUACGAGGCGGCGAUUGUGGGUUGCACUGAAACCGAUGCGGCAAUCAAGAAGAUAUACGAUCAGUGCAAGGAGAGCGGAUACGCUCUGUUCAUCACUGCUGACCACGGCAACGCCGAGGAGAUGUUGAACGAGGAGGGCAAGCCCAAGACGUCUCACACGACGAACAAAGUUCCGUUCGUCAUGGCUAGCGCCCCCGAGGGUCUUAGUCUGCAGAAGAAGGACGGUGUUUUAGGAGAUGUUGCGCCUACGCUCCUGGACAUCAUGGGGCUGCCCAAGCCAGAAGAUAUGGACGGCAAGUCUCUACUCCUCAGGAAAUAG